AUGGCUUCCGAAGCUCCCAACUCCGAGCUCUCUGCUGCUCAGAAGCUUAUGCAGAAGCACGCUGAGGCUCCUCACCCCGUCAUCGUCGAAGAUGUACCUGAUGAGGAUCUUCCUAUUCGUGCUCCCGCGGAGGCCUCUAGCUCUGCCGAAGCUCCCGCCGCUCCUGCUCCCAAGGCAGCCCCCAAGCAGCCUACUUCCAAGGCUCUGGACACUCAAUCGCAUGAGUUGUUCCCCGAGCUUGGUGCUCCCAAGGGUAAGGCUGCCAACGUUGCCCCCAUCUGGGGAGCCAAGACUGGCAAUGGUGCCGUCUCCAACGGUGGUUCUCGUGCGUCUACACCUGUCUCUGGAGCUGCUACCCCCAACAAGCCAUCUAUGUUCAUUCCUGGCCGCAAUGUCGAGACUGUUACCCUUGAUCCCCAGUACAUUCUGCCCCGUGGACAGUUGAAGAGACCUAUUCCCGAUAUUAUCAAAGAUAUCAACCGCAAGUCUCGUGCCACCGUCUCGAUGGCCACCUCCACCAACGGCCGCUACAAGUUUGAUGCUACUGGUCCUCAGGAUGUCGCUCAACAGGCGCUCAAGGACCUGGUUGCUCAGAUUGGUACCCGAACUGCUAUCAAAGUUCCCAUUCCCCAGUCGACCCGUGCGCACAUCAUUGGUAAGGGAGGUUCUAUGAUCAAGGCCCUCCAGGAGAAGACUGGUGCCAAGAUUCAGCUCCCCAAGGUCGACGAGAACAACCCCAUUGAUGAGGAGGAUGACGAUGCCACCAUUGACGUUACCAUUGAGGGUAAUGCCCUCUCUGCUGCUUCUGCUCGUGAUGAGAUCCUCAAGAUUGCUGGUGAGCGAUCUGCCAAUGUCCAGACUAAAGUUCGAGGCAUCCCUGCCGCUUUCUACCCUUUCAUUGCCGGCCGCGAUAAUGCCUUAGCCCAGGCUUUGGAAGAGAACAACGGCAUUCAGAUCCGAGUUCCUUCUCUGCAGGCCUACCCUGCGGGUCCCAUUCCUGUCACCAUCAACCCUGAUCAGCGUCCUACCUUCGCCCCUGCUGGCAAUGACGAGAGCCACAUCCAGCUUGCUGGCGACCGUGCUGCUGUUCAGAAGGUUCGCGCCGAGAUCGAGCGCCAAGUUGCUGAGCUCCACAAGCAGCUUGCCGCCGAGCAGCUGUCUAUUCAGCGUGGCCGUCACCAGUUCAUUGUUGGUGACCGAGGUGUUCCUGUAGAGCAGUUCUUCGCCGAUACCGGCUGUUCUAUCCUGCUCCCCACCGACGAGGACGACGAUACGAUCACCGUCAUCGGCCCUUCUGCUCAGGUUAGUGUUGGUAUGGAGAAGGCUAUGGAUCUGGCCAUGGGCAUGCAGAUGUCUAACCUGGACAUUGCUCGAUUCCACCGCAACGCACCUGGUGGCGCUGCCACCCAUGCUGGCAACGUGACCCGAUAUCUCCGUCAGCGUAGAGAGAUCGAGCGCCUCGAGAAGCUUUACAACACCCACAUCAACACCCCUUUCUCCGAGGGUAAUGCUCUUCCUUGGGAGCUCUACUCGCGCGAGGGAAAGAACGCUAUUCGUGCUCAAUCAGAGAUUACUGGUAUAAUCAAUGCCCAGCCUCCUUCUCGCAUGAGCUCUGUUCCCGUUGAUCCUUUCUUCCACCAACACCUUCGCAACAACAUUACUCCCCAGGUGAAGCAGAACUACGGUGUCCAGGUUAUCGUUCCCGAGGCUUCAGAGAGCAACGUUCCUGUUCUCCUGGUCUUUGAGGGCCCUGACCCCGCCGAUGGUCCUUACCAGCUGCCUCGCACAAAGCCAUCGGAUGCUGAGAUCCGAGCCUUUAAGCAAGGACUUGAGGAUGCCCAGAAGCACAUUCUUGACCUGAUCAACAAGCAGGAAGCUAUCACCAGUGCUACUCUUGAUGUCCCUGCUAAGUUCCACGAACGCCUCCGACGAUUCAUCAAGAAGGAGCAGGAAAGCCGAAAGGCUGAUCAAAUCCCUAUCCGGGUUACCAAGGUCGGAACCAACAUCACUCUCCGAGGCCCGGCCUCCGCCGUUGAGUCUCUCGCCGCCAAAGCCAACGCUUUUGUCGAACAAGAAAAGGAGGAUGAGAAGGAGCGAGGAUUUACCCUGUCUUUCGACUUCCCCCAGAAGUUUGCCAACCACUUGAUUGGUAAGGGUGGCAGCAACAUUCGAGAGCUCCGAGACCGCUUCGAUGUCGAAAUCCAGGUUCAGGACGGCAAGGUUGAGCUCAAGGGACCCAAGGCCAAGGCCGAGACUGCUCGAUCUUACAUUCAGGGUCUCGCCCGCUCAUUGGCCGACGAGACAACUCACACUCUGAAGAUCGAUCCCAAGUAUCACAGAGAAUUGAUUGGAGCUCAGGGAAGUCAGAUCAACCGUCUGCAAACCCGUUACAAGGUCCACAUCUUCUUCCCCCGAUCUGCUAAGCCUGCAGACGAUGAGCAGGCUAAUGCCGAUGCUGAGGAAGGUGCCAAGCCUCGCCGACAGCAACCUGCUGACGAGGUUAUGAUCCGAGGUCCCAAGAAGGGCGCGGAUGAGGCUCGGGAUGAGAUUUACUCCCUCCACAAGUACCUUGAGGAGCACUCGGCCACCGCUACCGUUCCUGUCCAGCAGAAGCAGGUCGGAUCUCUCAUUGGCCAAGGUGGUGCUGCUCUCGACGAGCUUCGCCAGGCUACCGGUGCUAGAAUCGAUGUCCCACAAGAUAGGGACACCGACAUUGUUGAAAUCCAGAUCAAGGGUACAGCUUCGCAGGUUGCGAAGGCCAAGAAGGUUCUGGAGGAGAAGCGAGCUGUUUUUGAUGACACCGUUGUCCGAACUCUUGACGUGGACAAGAAAUACCACAAGGCCCUUAUCGGCGCAGGCGGUUCCAACCUUCGUGACAUUGUCGUCAAGGCUGGCGGCUCUGACGACCGACGAGAGCUUGCCCGCACCAUCCAGUUCCCCAAGCAGGAGGCAGAUGGAAACACCAUCAAGAUUGAGGGUCGAACCGAUGUUGUGGACAAGAUCGUUCAGCGUAUUCAGGAGAUUGUUGGUGAGCGCGAGAACCAGGUCACUGAGGUCGUGGAUGUUCCUAUCGAGAACCACCGCUCUCUCAUUGGCCGCGGUGGUGACACCAAGCGCCAGCUUGAGUCCAAGCUUAAUGUCUCUAUUGACGUUCCUCGUCAAGGUGACGGCAAGACUGGCGUCAAACUGACCGGUCGACCCGAGAAUGUGGCUAAGGCGAAAGAGCACAUUCAGGGACUCGUCCAGGAGCAACAGGGCGAGACGAUCCAAGUCCCCAGCAACCUUCACCACUCCAUCUCCAAUGGUGGCCAGUUCUUCCGCCAGCUCCGCAACAACUACUCGGUCACUGUUGACCAUGCUGGUCAACCUCUACCCGCUAAGCCUGACUCUUCCACUCGUUCCAACACUGGAGCUCUUCCUCUGAUCACCGACGAUGAUGAUUCCACAUCUGAGGCUCACUCAUGGAAGGUUAUCCAGAUCGAUGCAGGUGAUGACAGCGAUUUCCCCUGGGUCCUUCGUGGUUCAUCGGAGAAUGUGGAGAAGGCCAAGGACGCUAUUGCCAAGGCUGUCGAGCAGGCCAAGAAGAACGAUGCUACGGGCUAUCUUGUUCUCCCUGACCCUCGAACUUACCGACAUGUUAUUGGACCCAACGGUUCCAAGGUCAACUCAAUCCGCAAGGAGAGCAACUGUAAGAUCCAGGUUCCUCGGGACCAGGCCAAAGAUGAAGCAAUUGAGAUCAUUGGAACUAAGGAUGGAGUCGAGCUGGCCAAGGACCUUAUCCUUGAGGCCGUGCGGGAAGGCAGCAACAAGGUUCGGGAGUAA